CCGUUGCAUCAGUGGCUCCGCCCCGUUCAGGUUGAUGCUGUAAGAGCUGGAAAGCGGAGUUACUUUGUGCACAAAAGCGAUGGCAGAAAUAUCGCUUUAUCUAUCCAGCGUCAGUAUAACUGUGGCACAUGAUAUGGACCCUGGCAAGAGCUCUGGAAAAGAGAAGGACUAUGAGUGUGUGGAGCUUGGUGAUCUGGACAGAAAAGAGAAGACCCCACGCCGCAUUAUUCAUUUCUCCAGCGGAGAGACCAUGGAAGAAUACAGCACAGAUGAGGAGGAGGAAGACACAACACAGAACACAAAGAAAGACCUUCUGUCCUCCAUAGACACUUCCAAGCUGACCUGGGGCCCGUAUGUCUGGUUUCAGAUGUGGAGAGCAGCUACAUCCACUAUAUCUGCUUGUGAUUUAAUCGGUGAGCGAAUGGCAUCACUUUUUGGCAUCACCUCAGCUAAAUAUCAGUAUGCCAUCGAUGAAUACAGCCGGUCAAAGAGGGAGAAGGAGGAGAGAGAUGAAGAUAUGCGGCUCUCUGAAGAGGCAGAGCACCUGUUUGAAGACCAGCAAAUUGAUGAGGAAGAGGAUGAUGAUGAAGAUGAGGAUGAGGAUCCGAAGACCAAGCAGCCUGACAACAACAGUACUCAAGUACAGAUGACUAAUGAGCUGGACCUUCACCCUUCUAUUGUCCCCAACACCGUUCACAUCCCGGCUCUUGUUACUAGCACUUAACUGCAAAUAUAUUUUGUCAUAUAUUUGUGGUUUAACCACUAGCCACUGUUAUUUAAAGCACUUAAUAUUCUGAUUCCAAAUAUUAACUUGUGUCUUUGACUGUCUUAAUGCACUGAUCAUGGGCCAGUGAAUCUAUAUUUACUGAUCAUGGUGCUACUGAGGAGGUGAGACCAAAAAUAAUUGUUUUGUCUUAAAAUGGAACUACAGUAACAUGAUUACACUGAACAUUUCCACAGUAUGUGUAUUUUUUAUUGACUCUGUACAGUAUGUAUGUAUGAAUUAUUAGUGUUGUGAAACAUCUGAUGGACUUCCAUCGAUGCAGGGACACAUACCUCACGCUGAAUUUUCAGUUUUUAUUUAAUAUACUGGUAACGCUUGAUAUUUGUCUUGUCGUUGUUUGUACUGAAUCAUUAAAUGGUUUUUAAAAAGAA